AUGCAGUCUUACCAUCAUGAUGCCGCUACGGCUCCAAUUCCUAUUAAAGGAAAAGAGCCUGUACCCGCUAGCUGUUCUACGUCUUCUCACCCUUUCCCUUACCAACGAAGACGCCCGUUUUCGCAGUCGACGAUUAUUAAACCAUACCCAGUGCUGACUACAUCGCGGUCACUCGGCGCCUUAAAUACUCGUUACGGCUGCAAAACUAAUACUUGGACGUCUUCUAGUGGCGAACUCGGGCUUCUCUCUGAAAGUGAGGAGGCAGAUGGCAGGGAAGAAUUUGUCGACGAAUAUAAUCGACUCGCAAAGAGGGUGUACGGUAUUCGGCUACUUGUGACUAGAGAUUUCCCCGUAGACGCUUCCGUUCCAACCCGGAGACCGAGCUGGCUUUCCAAAGCCUUACGGAGAACGUCUUCUGGCCAGUCAACACAGACCGUAAUCAUCCGGUCAGAACCACGACAGCUAAGGCAUCGACGAAGCGUCAGCGAUGUUGCUCUGAAUCUUGUACACCACGUGAAAAGGGACGAAUUAAAAGGCGAAAAUCUCCAGGAUUUGGUACGAUUAUGUGGGAAGAGUAUAUUCUACUUACCCACUGAAUAUGCUCCGUGCUCUUUGGUGUUGCCUACGUGCUUCCGUGCGCUCGCGCAAGCUCUUGUACAACACGCUGACACAAGAGGGAUUUUUCGGGUACCGGGCUCUGCUCGAGUUGUGAGCAUACUCUAUGACUACUACUGCCCUGAUAGAGACGCAAGGGGCGCAAAUGCCAUCUCAAUUACAACUCGAUGCCCGAAUCUUCCUACGCACAUCAAAUGUAGCGCUCAUGAUAUUGCUUCCGCCUUCAAAAAAUUUAUAGCUGGGCUGCCCGGGGGCAUUCUAGGCUCGUUAUCCCUUUUUGACGCCUUCGUUGCAAUUUACAGCCAAUUACAUGCUGAUCCCGAGCUCACUAAGACCAGGGAAAGUAAACUUCGCGCACGGUUGAUUGCACUCGCCAUUGGGACCGUGAGAUCACAGUAUCAGAGGGAGCUGAUAUGUGCCGUAUUUGGCUUAUUAUGUUUCGUCGGCCGAGCUGCUGAAAAUGCACCUCGAGAAGAUGAAGACGGGAGGCCACUCCCGACAAGCGACUUGAUGGGAUACAAUGCUUUAAGCAUAGUAUUUGGUCCUCUCUUGAUCAAUGAUCUGAUCGACUCUUACAGCAUGAAAUUAGCAGACCCCGCAGCUGGACUAGUACUGCUCCCAGUGUCUGCUCCGAAGUCCCGAAAGGAGAGGUAUAAACACAGGAAAUCUAAAUCUCGUGCUGAAGAUUCGGCUUCUCUCUACACGGUGGACAAGAUACAUGUCGCCAAUAACAUCACGGAGAUGCUAAUAAUACACUGGAGGGAGGUGGUUCGGCAAAUGCGGAGCCUGGGCACCCUGAAGAUCAGCAGACAUGAACACAUCGCCCAACGUAAGACGAAUAAGGCUAAGUUAGGUUCUUCAGCCUCAGAUUCAUUUCCAUUAAGAAGGCCACCUAAAUGGAGUAGCCCUGCACCAUUGCAUAAUCAGAAAGGUAGAAGCGUUUCUCCUUUAACUAGAAGUCCAACUCCAUUCCCUAAGACCAGCUCGUUCAAGCUCCGAGAUAAUACAGGGGCUGAGCCUGAGCCUAUAUCCAUCAAGCGACGGCGAUCACGGCCGUCUAGUUCUUGUCCUUCACGUAAAACCUCAAGCAGGAUUUCAGAAAAUUGUCUCUCGCCCACAGCUGAAGAAAGUCCACCAGCUAGCCAAUAUGCAGGAAGUGAUGAAGCAAGUGUAGGUCAAACGUCUCAUCCAGCAAUAUCGUCCGCUGCGCGAACUUCGCCUAGUGAUAGUAUUGAGAGCGCAUUGGAAAAUCAAAGUUUGGACAGAGCGUCGGGUGGCGGUGAGAGCGAGACUGGAGGCCGGACCAGGGAGCGGCCAUUUCGUACACUUGAUGUGCACGAGGAUCCUUCGGUUCCCCACAACAGAAGCUCGUCAAGUCAUAUACUGUCCGGAAGUGAGUUAACCUUUCAUAGCGUCAAGUCAUCCAUCGUCGAAAUUAGCAACAAUGAGGGAUAUUCGUCACGACAAGGUUAUGCCACACCAAGAGCCAAAGAGUUUGGCAUGCUUAAGAAAUCGCCGUCAAAGAAAACAAUAACCCCAGCCAGGUCAUCCCGUACAACCGAAGAGUACCAUAGUAGUCACGCUGGAGAUUAUCUUUAUACCCCGGCGCGGAAUGUUGACUAUUCUGAAAAAUGGAAAGCCUUAAGUCUAGCCAGUAAAACCAGCACGGAAUCUCUAGCAAAGGCCGCAAAAGAAAGACGUUUAAGGCGCAGUCCAGGCAAUAGUAGCUUUCGACGGAGCGAGGAAUUGUCGAUCCAGCGAAACGAGAUACCAUCCACCCCGAAAUGGAAACAACAACUAAUGGACACGCGAAGUGAAGGAAGACGGAAACCAGCUAAGCUUUCACCUGAGAAAAAAAGCGUGUUCGAGAAAUCUCCUCAAUCUGGGCCUUUAAAAGAAUCAGCUUUACGCAAACCAGGAUUAUCGCCAGGUGGAAGUGUUUUCGAGGGGGGAAGCAGGCCUAUUUUAUAUCGUUCAAGCUCUAAACCGACACAAGGAGCAGUGAAGGCCAUUGCUGCGCUAUUUGACAAUACUAUCAAUAAUUCCCCUAUUAGCACGGCAACUAUACGUCCUAAAAGAAUAGGGUGUGACUCCAGCAGCAUACUAUCUCCGUAUUCUAUAAGCAACUCGCCGUCCAAGGCGGCUAGGUCCAACAAUACACCAACAACUAACACGCCGUCUAUUACCUUUGAUGGCUCUAAAGGAAGAUUUCAACCACCGGAGACACCAACGCGAAGCAGAGAGUCAGGGUUAUCAAUAGAUGACGGCACUUGUGGCUCAGGGUUUUCGGGUGUAAAUAUUGUGAAUACGCCAACUAAAUUUCCUAGAAUUUCGCUACGUCCUGUUGAUAAUACGUUGGCCGCUUCGAAAAAAGUGCCUUUGAGUUCGACGCCUCGGCCAGUUCCUGCGCGCGAUCGAGAGCUUGACCAGCCGCCGAGCCUAGGAACUAUGGUUCCUCCCCUUGAGGAGCCUCCGAUUGCUCAACACAUCAAUUUUACUCGACCGUAUCCAUCCUCUCCCCCAUCGUGUGAUGAAAACUAUGGUAGAGCAUCAACUGAAAGUCCUCGACCUGGAAGUGGUAACUCGAUGCUUCAUGCCCAGAUCCGCCACCUACAGAAGCAUCUCGAGCACCGAGCGGAAGAAAACACUCAGCUACGGCGACAGUUGGAAGCCCGAGAGAACAUGGAUAUCGGCAAGCUGUGCGAGCAGCUUAGGGCGGCAAGACGCGAGGCCAAAAUGUGGAGAGAAAGAGCAGAAGCGGCAGAGAAGCGAGUCGCUGUCUUUAAGCAAUUUACAGCGCGUGUUCGAGGGCUUCGUGAGUCUGUUACUCUCGAAGACAUUGAGGGUGAUAUAUCCGGCAAGGGACAAGUUGACGGGCCUAGUCAACGUGGAGACGAACAGAAAGAAUGGUGCAAUCCAUGCUACUUGGAAGUAUCUGAAGACCGGGAGGGGAUUGAAGAACGAAUACGUCAAUAUACGAAGAAGCAAGCCAGUCCGAGUAUCAACGACAAAUCCUGUAUUAAGAAGGGCGAGCUUUGGAGCAGUAGAGCACGAAAUCAAGGCCCACGGAUGAAUGCCCAUGCCAACAGGACAGCGCAACUGUGGGAUAUUACCGAUGAGCUAUUAAUGCUUGAUGGUAAUACGAAGCGCGAGGGCUAUUAG